CCCAAAAGAGAGUGGGAGAAGUUGAAGGUGCCUGCCUGCUUCCUUGGUUUCCCUGCACAGCGUGAUGAGAAUGUUUCUGUAGUUGAACUGUGUUAAUGAAAUGAAGUGCUACUUCCAUUUCUUUUGUCGAAGAUUCGAUCUGUGAUCCAUCAAAGAAGGCCAUCGACCAUUUUGUUGAGCAGCCAAACCAGAUCCUCAUCUUUUCUGUACUUUCUCCUCGCCAAUUUCCGACUCCGUCUUCCUUUUCUUCUGAUUUUCUUCAAGCCUUUUGCUCUCCGAAACGCCCGCUGCUCUAAAGGAAGCUGCACGAUCUGCAGUUCUUUCCAAGAAUGAAUUACAGAAGAGAUAGUCGAUCUUCCAGAUCAUCCCUUCUUGAUGGAUACGAUGGUAUUGAGGAAGGUGGUAUAAGGGCUUCUUCAUCAUACUCACAUAAUUUAAAUGAGCAUGAUAAUGACAAAGCCAUAGAGAGUUUGCAGGACAGGGUUGUUUUUCUUAAGAGAUUAACCGGGGAUAUCCAUGAAGAGGUGGAGAGUCAUAACCGUUUGCUUGAUCGGAUGGGUAACAGCAUGGAUGGAUCAAGGGGCAUGAUGUUGAGAACCAUGGAUCGGUUCAAAAAGGUUUUUGAGAAGAAAUCAACAAGGAAAACGUGCUCCCUUGUGGCAUAUUUCACAGUUGCCUUCGUAUUUAUAUACUACCUCAUUAGGAUUUUGGGCUAUUUUACUCUUGGCUGAAUCAUAAUCUGGAAGCUCUGGCAUUCUAGUUCAUGAGUGAAAUCCUGUGGUGCACCCUCCGGUAAGAUUGUCCCAAUCCCAAUUGAAUGAAUUCAUCUGGCAGUGAACUUGUGUGGAGCCAAUUGGUGAUCGCGGAGCUGAGUUAAGGUUGACAAACUCUUUUAGUCACUCCACUUCUCUCUCUCUCUCUCUCUCACACUCACACAUAAAUUCGUUAUAUAGUCUGGAAAGGGGAAAGUGUAAAUUCAAGUAUAUCAUAUGGCCUUUUAUUUUUUAAUUUUA